AUGAUGGGCACGCUGAAUGGGUACGACACGGCGAACCAGAUAUUGUAUGAGGCUGACCAUAGUGAGUUGCGGUGGGACUUGCUACCGACGGAUGCAGCGGAUCGCUUGGACGGUUUGUGGACCGUGCAGGUGUAUGGCGGUGCUGUUCAGAUUGUCUCGGUGACAAUUGUGGAUGGUCGAGCGAAGAUAAUGCUACCGGAUCUGCCGGGUCGUCACAUGGCGCUGGGCGAAGUGAUGGUACAAUGUUUGUUUGACACAUCUGAUGAUGAUACUCUGUAUGACUUCAACCGGAGCUAG